UUCUUAACAUAAUGUUAAAAUUGAAUUUGAAUAAUAAACGUAUAACGAGUUUAGUUAGUUUUCGAGAAACACUUCAGUAUAGGCACGGAAACUGCUGUGAUCGGUUGUAAUAAUAAUUUAAUUUUUUUUAUGCUUAGUGUAUAUGCGUUAUGGGUUUAGCUUGUGAAUCGUGAAGACCAAACUAUAAACAUGACUACGGUACAGCAGCUAGAAGAUGAAUUAGAAAACAUGACAGCAGAGGCAGAAGUUAAUGAAUCGAAUUYAGCUGAGAAACCAAAUUUGAAAGGAGAUUGGUUGAAUAUUUUCCUAUUAUUGUUGCUGUAUAUGAUACAAGGCAUACCAUUUGGUUUGACAUUGGCAAURCCGAUAAUUUUACAAAGCAACAAAAAUGUGUCUUACAAGGAUCAGGCUAUGUUCAGUUUAGUUGCAUGGCCGGAUAGCUUACAACUGAUAUGGGCGCCUUUGGUAGACGUGGUGUACGUACAAAAGAUUGGAAGACGAAAGUCUUGGCUCAUACCGCUCCAAUACUUGAUGGGAGCAUGCUUCAUUUAUAUGGCUGGUAAUAUUGAUGAAUGGYUGUCAGAGACCAAAAAGCCAGAUAUGCUAAACUUGGUAUCCGUAUUUGUAUUAAUGAAAAUUGUUUUUGUCACGCUAAAUAUGGUCGUCUGCGGUUGGGCGCUGACAAUGCUCAAGAGGAAUAACGUGGGUUAUGAAUCUACUUGCAAUAUGACCGGUCUGUCGGUCGGUAUAAUGAUAAGUUUUGUAUUUUCCGCCUUGUUGACCUCAGAAGACUUUAGCAACAAGCACUUACGUAUUAGACCAGAUGUGGGAGGAGUGUUCACUUUGAAGAGUUUAUUCUAUACUUGGGGUAUUAUUUUUAUAUUAAUAACUACAUUUAUUGCAAUUUUCAAAAAAGAGAAAGAUAGGAGAUUAGAAUACGACCACGURAAGCUCAACAUUGUUCAAAGCUAUUCACUAAUUUGGGCCAUUUUAAAACUACCGGCUAUUCGAUUAUUGGCAUUAAUAUUGUUGACGUAUAAGUUUCUUUUUAACAUUUUAUUUGGGGUGUUUAUUUAUUAUACACCGACAUUAAUAACAGUGAACGGGUCGGUUGAUAUUUCAACAUAUUAUUAUGCACUUUUAAUAUGUAUACUAUCAAUAAAUGAUAUUCUAGUUAAUAUUAUGAGAGUAGCUAUAUUAUCAUUUUUCUCUCAGAUAAGUGAUUCACGUUUUGGUGCUACUUACAUGUCAUUAUUGGGUACACUUGCAAGUUUCGGAGGAGCGUGGGUGUCUUCGUUCGCUAUUGGAGUUAUAGAUUUCCUAACAGUUGAAGAAUGUUCUUUAGAUCACAAGAAUAACUGCUCUACACCAAAUCUAAAAGACGUGUGUGAAACAAAAGGAGGGCAUUGCGUUAUUAUAKUGAACGGUUUCUACGUAGAAACAGCUGUUAGUACUAUAUUGGGAAUCAUUUGGUUUUGUAUUUUCAAAAAUAUCCUUAAAAAUAUUCAAGCUAAAAGUCGUUCUCAAUGGUUGGUCAAUAUAAAAGGACAAAAAUAAUGAUGUUGUAUAAUGUAUUUAAGUGCAGAUUGUUCUAUGCCUAUUUAGCUAUAGUAAUGAACAUUUUGAAGUCCUAAAUAUCUAUUGUAAUUUAUUCAUACUUUUAAUGCUUAAAUUAUAAUUCAAUAGUUUUGUUUUUACUUUUAAUUUAUUCGUAAGUUGUACAAUAUUUGAAGCAUAAUCUAACUUAAUGUAGUAACGCAGAUACACAUGAGUGUCCUGACAAAAAUAUGACAUACCUGCAGAACUGUUAUACCCUUACACCUUAGCAACGCACGGCCUCUAACGAAGAUGCUAUAAAAUUUUUUUCAUUGUUUAUGAAAGAUGUUAAAUUGUAAAAUUUAGUUUAGUUAAUAUUUAAGUAUGUAAUACAAGCCAGUGGGCCUAUUAUUGAGGUUUCAACUUAAAGAAAAAAAGAAAAAUUAUAGUCAGAUAUGGUAUUUAUAUUGAC